UGACUAAAACAAAAGCGAAAAGAAAGAGAGAAAGAAUGAGUGAAAUAAAACAGUCGCCAUCUUCCCGUUUCAUGCCAAACCAGCGACGAGGUGGAAAUCCCCGUUAAUCAGGCUGGCGGGGAACAACGUGACCAGUGAUUUCCUCCUCUUCCAUUACCUCUUUUGUUUAAAACCAAAAACAAAAAGCUGUGUUUUUAUUCACCUGGUGUCAGAAUGGUGUGUUUUGUUCUCUUUGUAACUAUUUAUAGAGUCAGUUGGUCAUUGAGGCCCGACUCAACCUUAGCGCCAGGGAAUGGUGCUGCGGGUUUGCCGAGUUUUUUUUCCUCUCUGGAGACUGAGGGGAGGCAGAGAGAGGCGCUGAGAGCGAGAGAAACAUUAGCUGAAGAAGCCGGGUGUACUUCGGCUGCUCGGAGAAUGAAGCCUAAAGCUGACCGCGACACCUUUUUCAGACCAGUGCCCCCUGCCUGGCAAAGUCUGGUUGUUAGGGUUUUCGAGACGCUUGGAUCAAACACCGACCCCCAUCCCAAUCCUUUUUUUUGAAGCAGAAGUUUAGUACUGCUCGAUACUUAACGGUUCGUUGGUUGACAGUAAAAUGACAACUGUAGACGGAUAUCUUUCCGCAUCGCGUUUAAACGCGUGAAGUACAGACUUUAAGAUGACUAUAGUUAUUCAACAGUGUUCAACACUGAGUUAAGAUGUGUUAGCGUAAUCUUGUUAUCUUGCAAAUUUACAAUCAAACCAUUUUAACAAUAAAGGGGGCAAAAUCAAUGGGGUAAUGAUACGUAUUUUUUGAUAGCUUUAAAUGCAAACAGCUACUUUUAGCAAUUAUGUGGUGUAAGAAGUAUUUAGUAUUUAAAUAAAACUGUUUGGAGUAAUGUGUUGGGUCAACUACACAAUCUUGCUUCCACAGCUCUAAGAUUUCCCUGUUGUGAUAGACUUUUUGUUCACAGUUGAGCUUUUAUCUCGUUCUGGGCGGAAGGUAGGUUAAUUGGUGAUUACCUUUGGUGGAACCUGGAUAUAAAAAUCUUUUUCAUUUAUGGUACAAUCCAUCCAAUUUCUUUAAAUUGUGAACAAGUUGAAUAUCAAUGAGAUUUAAAAUCUUUCACAUUCAUUUACAUUGAGUUUCAAAACCAACUAGUUGUGCUGUAGAUGUAGAUUUGAAAAAAAAAUUAGCCUCCAAUUUUAACUUGUAAAGCCUAUGGUCCAUGUUAGAAACUGCAUUUUGCAGCUAGUGACUGACACUGUUUAAUUACUUUGAAAUUUAUGAUACUGGACCACUUUCCAAAACAGACUUCAGAUCUGCAGUAUAUAGUAGUAACCAAAAAGACAAAUUUACUUUUGCAACAAGAACUGCUGACUUUAAUUUUGGGGAAUUGACUGCAUAGAUUCCCCAAAAGCCUGCCUAAUUGUAAUUCUUUUGCAUUAGUUGCUUGGUAAGUCCAUUGGACCAGACUCUCUCCACUAUAAAACUUGGUUCCACCAUAUUGCUAUAUAUUGCUACACCUUUCCAAAGCCCUUUGGGGUUCUAACUUUGAGGUGAUGAUUUCAAGAAAAUGUGAUGUUUUGACAGUACUAGAAUCAAUCCUUUCAGUAGGAAUCUCUUGUCCUUUGCUUGCAAUCUUUGAACAGGUGAGUGCUGCAUUAGUUUGCAAGUUUUGAACUAGAUUACUCUGAUCUUUAAUGUGGGCUGUAAAUUAUUUUAGUUGGUUUAAAUAUAUUUGGGAAAGAAAGUUACUUCAUGUAAUGUUGCUUUUGUGUUAACAUUUGAAUAGGAAAUAAGUUGAUGUGUUAUUUCAAGGUUCACUGCUUGCAUUUUAAUAUACAGUAACCUCCCCAGUCCAGAAUGCUUGAGACCAGCUGAAAAGAGGCACGUGGAUAAAGCUUUUUGUCUUGCUGUCUUCAGGGCAUUUGAAAAAUUAUCAAAUUUCAAACAAAUACAGAAAUUUACUCUUCAAAGUAGUUGGUAUGGUUACAGAAUGAAGUUAAUCAUGUGUGAAUCAGCAAACACUACACAUAACUAUCUGAAACGUUAAGUGCUAAAAAAUAAAGUAGUUAUUAAAAUAUUUGUAUAUAGAUGUUAAAGCUUCAGUGUUCUGUUUCUGCAGUACUGUGCUGAAAUUAUGUUGAUACUGAAUGUAACUGGUUUUUUAACAUUUCUGGACUGGAGGGAUUACAGUUUUUUAAAUAAUUGCCACAUUCAUGAGGGAACAUUUUUGGUGCACCUGUUUUCCGCUCUUCCACAGUAAAUAUGGAUUAUCCUAGUUAAGACAUUGAGCUUCAGAGAUAACUCCCAAGGCUAAGCAAAAAAUAUUGCACUUUAAUUUAUGCUAUUCUGCGCUUUAGUUCCAUUUAACUACCUUUUUACAAUAUUUCAUCUCUCAAAAAAUCUGCUAGCCUUAAAAUAGUAUCAGAGAUAAUGGGAACUGCAGAUGCUGGAGAAUUCCAAGAUAAUAAAAUGUGAGGCUGGAUGAACACAGCAGGCCAAGCAGCAUCUCAGGAGCACAAAAGCUGACGUUUCUGGCCUAGACCCUUCAUCAGAGAGAGGGUUAAAUCCUAGCCUUAAAUUGCUAGCCUUAAAGCUGUGUUUGUCCCAAGCUGAUAUAGUUCCAAAUUUCUUCUUUUUUUCCAUUUUUGCACCUGAACACCUAAUUCAACUUAAGGGUCAUUUCCUUGCAAUGCUCUCUGGAUACAGAAACUGUAUCCUUUAUCAAAUCCUUUUUAACAUAUUUUAAAAUUUGUUGACCUUCAGUCUUCAGUACAUGUGAAUAAGCGCCAAGUUAAUACAACCUGCUCUUGUCAUUUAACCUUCUAAGCUCCUCUGUUAGCUGGAGGACUGCUAAAAGCACUAUAAUGCUAAAUAAUAACUUCUUUGUCAUUGAUUUCUAAACCCUGUGAGGUAAAGCUAAACUCCUUUUCACUUUUCUUAAUGUUUUAUGGUUUGUGGUACUUGGACUCCUAAAACUCUGGCCCUCCCAUAGUUCCUAGAUUCUCGUUGUUUUAGGAAAUAUUUUGGCUUUUUUUUGUAUCCUUAUUGCUGACUGUGUUCCCUGGGGUUGAGUACAGAAAAUUAGACUUGAUGUCGACUGAGACAGCUGCAGCCAUACGCCGUACAGUGGAGGCAUUACUGGAGCGUGGAGCUGUGGUGAGGAACCUGGAGAAUUUAGGAGAACGGACACUGCCGUACAAAAUGUCCAAACACAAUCAGCGUCACAGCAGCGGCGGAUAUUUCCUGGUAGACUUUGAUGCCCCUACAACCAUUAUCCCAGCCAUGUUGGACCAUUUAGGACGUGACAUCGAUGUAAUCAGACCUACAAUCCUGAAACACCACACUCCAGUAACUGAUGAAACCUGCCCAGGACUGGUCCAACCCAACUACGAAGAGAAAUUGCAUUCUAAGAGAAAAUGAUCUCACGUCAAUUAAUUAUUUAAUGGAACGUAAAGCCAAAACAAUUUGUUGAAAGCUGAUAGAUGGCUACUUUAAUAAAGAUGAGAAGAUUUAAA